CUCCGUUUAUCUCCCUGGGAAGCAACGGGUGAGACUUUAGAAAACUGUACAUGCCUUUUUUUCUGGAUCUGCCAGACCUACAUUAAUCCUACCUCAGCCUUUCCAGACUUUCCAGAGAUUGUGAACACAGUCCUCAAGAACAUGGAGGCCACCGAGGAUAGCACAUCGGAAAUCCAAGGCCAGGUCCAAGAAACCUCAAUCACAUCGAAACCUAACAGUAGUACAGACAAGGUUCUAACCUCAACAGAGAACAAGAGGCAACGGAAAGGGUACCUGCCAUCAGAGUCCGUGAAGAUUCUCCGCGACUGGCUCUAUGAGCACCGGUUUAAGGCCUAUCCUUCAGAGGCGGAGAAACGAAUGCUGUCAGAGCAAACUAAUUUAUCAUUUCUUCAGAUUUCAAACUGGUUCAUAAAUGCCCGCAGACGCGUUCUCCCGGAAAUGCUUCAACAGGAUGUAAACGACCCUAACCACCUUAAAGACAAGGCCCUCGAUGAAGCCCAACAGCAGAGCACUGAUCAUUUUGUGCAGGUCAAGUCAGGGGCCAAACUUCCAGACAAGGUACAAUGCUUGCCUGAGUCCCUGCUGCCAGUAGGCCAGGAGUCAGAAGAGAGGCUUACAGAUCCAGAGUUUGUCCCAAGCCAGAAGCUAAUCCUAAACGCCCAGCCAAAGAAAAAGGUCAAGAUUUCCACUAGUGAGUCCUUUUCUUCUGAAUCUGUGUGGCCAGAGGAGUACGAGGAUUUCAGCAGCUUCCACUUGCUGGUAGAUGCAGCUGUACAAAAGGCAGCUGAAAUGGAGCUGCAGAAGAAGCAGGAGCUGGAUCCAUGAUCGCCGCCUGCCAAAAACACGCGAACAACAACAAAAAAUAACCCCAGGUAGUCUCUUGUCUACUGUGGUAGGUUCAUUUAUGCUCAUCCCAACUAACUCAAAAUGUUUUUCUUUUAUAGUGACAUGUUUUUUCCAGAACUUUUAUGAAAGCCGUUGUUAGAUAUUGUAACUGAAUUUUGCCAGAUAUUUCAGUAUUUUUACAUGGAAGACACUAGCCAUCAUGAUUUACAUUUCAGCAAAGUUCUCUCUUCAUCUUCCUGCUGGAUUUAUACUCUUCAGACAAUCAGACUAAUAACAUCUGAGAUUAGACACCAUGCUGAAACUUUUGAGGAUAUUUUGUUUUUCUAGCUACAAUUUUUUCCAUCCUAGUGAUACGGCCAAAUACUAAAUCACCUCUCUUUCUCCCCUUCUCUGUAACCUUCCUUAUUUAUUAGCAUAAAUGAUAGAAAAGUAUCUAUAAAAGAUGGCUACUAUACUUACUACUGGCCUCAUUUUAA